AUGGGAAACAAACAAACAGUAUUCGAUAAAGAUGAAAUGGAUGCCUAUGAGGAAUUGACAUUUUUCUCUCGGUCAGACAUUUUAAAAGUUUAUGAGCGAUUUAAAACCUUGGCGAAAGAGAAAACUGUUGACCAGAACAUACGACUUGAUGAAGAGGAAAUAUGCAGGCUACCUGAAUUAAAGGUGAAUCCCUUCAAAGAUCGAAUUUGUAAAAUUUUUUCUUCAAGCAAUGAUGGCUCAAUGUCCUUUGAAGACUUUUUGGAUAUGAUGUCAGUGUUUAGCGAUAAUGCUCCAAGAAGUCUUAAAGCAGAGUAUGUCUUUCAAGAUCUAUGCAAAGACCUUGUUGAAAUUAUUCAACGCAUCACAACUGUUGAAAGCAGCAGUGACAAGUUGAGUGAUGAAGAGAUGCAGCAGUUGAUUGAUAACAUUUUUGAGGAAGCUGAUCUUGAUGAUGAUGAUCACUUGUCAUUCCAAGAAUUUGAGCAUGUUCUUUCAAAGGCUCCUGAUUUUACCAGAUCUUUCCGUUUUCACUUGUGA